AGAGAGAGAGACAGAGAGAGAGAGAGAGAGAGAGAGAGAGAGAGAGAGAGAGAAGAGGUGGAGGAGGAAGACUAGUGUAGUGUGGAAAGGAAGAGUGAGGGAGAACAAGUUGAAGGGAGGGGGUGUUAGAGCCAGCAAAUUCCUUUUCUUUUUCUAUUAUUAUUUUGACGAGUCCCGAGUUGUGCCCAUGCUCUUGUCAGCUUCCUUUUAGGCAUAGCAUGGCCAGGCAGAAGAAAAUGGGACAAAGCGUGCUCCGGGCGGUCUUCUUUUUAGUCCUGGGGCUUUUGGGUCAUUCUCACGGAGGAUUCCCCAACACCAUCAGCAUAGGUGGACUUUUCAUGAGAAACACGGUGCAGGAGCACAGCGCUUUCCGCUUUGCCGUGCAGUUAUACAACACCAACCAGAACACCACUGAGAAGCCCUUCCAUUUGAAUUACCACGUAGAUCACUUGGAUUCCUCCAAUAGUUUUUCUGUGACUAAUGCUUUCUGCUCCCAGUUCUCAAGAGGGGUGUAUGCCAUCUUUGGAUUCUAUGACCAGAUGUCAAUGAACACUCUGACCUCCUUCUGUGGGGCCCUGCACACAUCGUUUGUCACGCCCAGCUUCCCCACUGAUGCAGAUGUACAGUUUGUCAUCCAGAUGCGCCCAGCCUUGAAGGGUGCUAUUCUGAGUCUUCUGGGUCACUACAAGUGGGAGAAGUUUGUGUACCUCUAUGACACAGAAAGAGGGUUUUCCAUCCUCCAAGCAAUUAUGGAAGCAGCAGUGCAGAACAACUGGCAAGUGACAGCACGAUCGGUGGGAAACAUAAAGGACGUCCAAGAAUUCAGGCGCAUCAUUGAAGAAAUGGACAGGAGGCAGGAAAAGCGAUACUUGAUUGACUGCGAAGUCGAAAGGAUUAACACAAUUUUGGAACAGGUUGUGAUCCUGGGGAAACAUUCGAGAGGUUAUCACUACAUGCUUGCUAACCUGGGUUUUACCGAUAUUUUGCUAGAAAGAGUCAUGCAUGGGGGAGCCAACAUUACAGGAUUCCAGAUUGUCAACAACGAAAAUCCUAUGGUUCAGCAGUUCAUACAGCGCUGGGUGAGGCUGGAUGAAAGGGAAUUCCCUGAAGCCAAGAACGCACCACUAAAGUAUACAUCUGCACUGACGCACGACGCAAUACUGGUCAUAGCAGAAGCUUUCCGCUAUCUGAGAAGGCAGCGAGUGGAUGUGUCCCGGAGAGGCAGUGCUGGAGACUGCUUAGCAAAUCCUGCUGUGCCUUGGAGUCAAGGAAUUGAUAUUGAGAGAGCUCUAAAAAUGGUGCAAGUACAAGGAAUGACUGGAAACAUCCAAUUUGACACUUAUGGACGUAGGACAAAUUAUACCAUCGAUGUGUAUGAAAUGAAAGUCACUGGUUCCAGAAAAGCUGGCUACUGGAAUGAGUAUGAAAGGUUUGUACCUUUCUCAGAUCAACAAAUCAGCAAUGAUAGCGCAUCCUCAGAGAACCGGACCAUAGUAGUGACUACCAUUCUGGAAUCACCAUAUGUAAUGUAUAAGAAGAACCAUGAGCAACUAGAAGGAAAUGAGCGAUAUGAAGGCUAUUGUGUAGACUUAGCCUAUGAAAUAGCCAAACAUGUAAGAAUCAAAUACAAAUUGUCCAUUGUUGGUGAUGGAAAAUAUGGUGCAAGAGAUCCAGAGACUAAAAUAUGGAAUGGCAUGGUUGGAGAACUUGUUUAUGGGAGGGCUGAUAUAGCUGUUGCUCCACUCACUAUAACGCUGGUCCGUGAAGAAGUCAUAGAUUUCUCAAAGCCGUUUAUGAGCCUGGGCAUCUCCAUCAUGAUAAAGAAGCCUCAAAAAUCAAAACCAGGAGUAUUCUCAUUCCUGGAUCCCUUGGCUUAUGAAAUCUGGAUGUGCAUCGUCUUCGCUUACAUUGGAGUCAGUGUAGUUCUUUUCCUGGUCAGCAGAUUCAGCCCUUACGAAUGGCACUUGGAAGACAACAAUGAAGAACCUCGUGACCCACAAAGCCCUCCUGAUCCUCCAAAUGAAUUUGGAAUAUUUAACAGUCUUUGGUUUUCCUUGGGUGCCUUUAUGCAGCAAGGAUGUGAUAUUUCUCCAAGGUCACUCUCCGGGCGCAUUGUUGGAGGGGUUUGGUGGUUCUUCACCCUGAUCAUAAUUUCUUCCUAUACUGCCAAUCUUGCUGCUUUUCUGACUGUGGAGAGGAUGGUUUCUCCCAUAGAGAGUGCUGAAGACUUAGCUAAGCAGACUGAAAUCGCAUAUGGGACCCUGGACUCCGGAUCAACAAAAGAAUUUUUCAGAAGGUCCAAAAUUGCUGUCUAUGAGAAAAUGUGGUCUUACAUGAAAUCAGCAGAGCCAUCUGUGUUUACCAAAACAACAGCAGACGGCGUGGCCCGAGUGCGGAAGUCCAAGGGAAAGUUCGCCUUCCUGUUGGAGUCAACCAUGAAUGAGUACAUUGAGCAGAGAAAACCGUGUGAUACGAUGAAAGUUGGUGGAAAUCUGGAUUCCAAAGGCUAUGGUGUGGCAACACCUAAAGGCUCAGCAUUAAGAACGCCUGUAAACCUUGCAGUAUUGAAACUCAGUGAACAAGGCAUCUUAGACAAGCUGAAAAACAAAUGGUGGUACGAUAAGGGGGAAUGUGGAGCCAAGGACUCCGGGAGUAAGGUCAGUCGCUGAAGGUCUUUUUGUACUGAUUAGCAAUCACAUUUUGAACCACUGUUUAUUUUCUACCCUAAAAUGGCUUUCCUUCCCAACACACUCCCUGACACAGUGGGACCUCUUUAUAACACCAGCACUAAAGGACUAAGGCAAAUACCAGCCUCAGAGGCCUGCCACAUGACAUCAAUUACUGACUCUAGAGAACUAUUGUUAUUAGGGAGCUCAACCUGACCCACUGCAUUUCCAAAGCUGUAAAAUAAGGAGCUGUGUUAUAAGGGGGUUUUACUGUAUUUCACACUUCCAAAAUUCAAAGAAGAAGUAUAAAAAUAACAACUAAAAAAAAACAAAGUUCCAGUUGUGACAGUAUUUUUUCUUAACCUCUUACAGUGUCAGAGACUUUGUAGUUGUAAAUAACUUUGAUUAUUAAUAUAUUAUGUCAAUCCCAUCUGAAAGCAAAGAAAUAAAUAACAAAGACUGGUCUCUGUAAACAGAAUGAUUAGCCUCCCCCCAGCUGCUGUUAUAUGGAGUUCAGCAUCUACUUGGAUCUCGAAUCUCAUUAAGUCUGUCACACUUCUGUCCUCCAAAGAUGUCAUUUGAAUCUCUGUAAUACUUUUUAAAUUUAUUCGCAUGCUCCUUAAGGGUAUACAUUGUCAGAAUAACAUUCCAUUGAUAAGCAUGAAACACUCUUCCCCACCUCCUGCCUGCCCCUCUUUGCUCCCUAAGAAAGUUCUUUUUAAUUUCAAUUUUUGCCUUUCCUUUUUUUGAACUAAUAUUGUGGUAUCAGUUAAUUCAUUUCAUGAAAUGCCACUCAUUUUCCCUGUGCAGUGAACCAUUUUGCUACUGGUUUUCUAUAUCCCGCAAGAGGGAAUUCUGUGAAACUUAAAUACAUUGUACUUGAAACUGUUCUUGUUACUACAACUUACAUGGGUUAUGUCAAAGAACACCUUUCCCCCAUCAAAUACCACAUACAUAUAAAAAUCUCAUGGCAGAGGGAGGGUUACCAGGAAUUGGUCAAUUUCCCAAUGGACUGCAGAACAUCCUUGCAGAUAGCCUCACCAGCUUCCUUAUGGAAAUGAUACAUUGUUCCAUAAGUAUUAGAAAGUCUUACUUGUGUAGCUGUCAUUCAUCCUAAAAGAGUGACUAUUUAUUUGCAAGGUUGUUGUACACAUGAGGCACACAUAUACCACCUUUCCUGACCAUGUGAUUCAAUUCCAGUUGGCCUUUUUACUAAGAUAAACAAGUACAGGACUGGAUCCUAUGAAAAUAGAAUCCAGAUGUGGCUGUAUCGUCUUUACAUUUAAUUCUUUAGAUGAUACCAGGACUAGCUGAGCCACAUAGUGUUGAGUGUCAGCAAUGGCUGUCUUCUGCUCACUGUGUUAUCAUUUCAUAAGUUUCUUAAGUCACUGAGUUAACAAUUUGGAUAUUCCAUUCAAUUGCAUUCAGCAGCAAAAUGGUUACAUUCUCUCUAAAAAGACUACAAAAUGCUAUUUUAUUUUAUUUUAUUUUUUUCAAAGAAAGUCUCCUGGCCUUUGGUGUGUCCUACCUCAAGGUAGGGCUCAAGGCACGAACUUUUUUCUUUCCGUGAUUCAGCAGUUCAGUUUUUGCUUUUUCACGCAGGCAGAUAGCUUAGUCAGAUUUGCACAGUUUGACCUGAAAGUCACUGACCGGCUUCCUCAAUUUUCCCCCUAUUUUGAAUAGAAAACAGAUAAGUGUACUGUUUUUUAAAUUACUCACUACAUUCCCCAGAGUAAAAGCUAAAAAUGAGCUGGAUUUUUUUUUAAAUCAUCAGCCUCCUGGAAAAGCUUUCUUAUUUGUAUGGAGCCAAUUCAGAACCCUCCUGACAGUUUCCUUAAACUCUCAGGAAGAUGGAAUAGAGCCAUUUCUUUGUGUUGCACCCUUGUUCCAGCUGCACAAAGACUUGCUGACAUGAGGAUGAGCACUUAGCAACCAGUUCCCAAAAGGAGCAAUUUCUCAGCCACUGGGAGAAAGGGGAGAGUUAAUCCUUUUUAAAUAAACAUUUGUGAAGUAACUCCCCAGAUAAGAAUAUCAGAAACCUCUAAUAUUCUUACCUGGUAUCUUAAAGACUAGCUGUUGACAAGUUUGUUACAAGGAAAACAAGAGAGAAAGGGGUGUUGCGGGGCAGAGAGGGGAAAGAGUGCUUCAAGUUCCCAAAUGAAGAGUGUUACAUUUAUAGAGAUUAUGUCACAGCUCAACUCUGGUAAAUGGUGUUUAUUGAGAUUGGCAGAGGACUCAGUUGUGCUUGUGUUUACACUUUUGCUCCCGUGCCCAAGUGCUGUUUUAUUUAGUUGUUGACACUAUUUUGAAGUACUAAAGGAUUUAAGAAGUCAAAAUAAAAGAACAUACAGGUGAGGACUACAACUGUCAACAGAAGCACAAUCUACCAUCUUGCUGGCUAUUGUGAAACAUCAGUCAGUUGCCAGAGUUGAGUCAUAACACUUACAUCAAUGUUUAGUUAUCUUACAACUUAGAACUAUCCUAUACUGUUGUACUGUAUUAUAAUGUUCCAUUGCCGUUGUUUUCCCCAAGAACUAAUCGCCUUGUUCAUUUCUCUUAGGACAAGACCAGCGCUCUGAGCCUGAGCAAUGUGGCAGGCGUUUUCUAUAUACUUGUCGGAGGUCUGGGGCUGGCCAUGAUGGUGGCUUUGAUAGAA